GGUCGGGGCGGAGACUGCCCCUCCAGUGCGCUGUUUGUCGCUGUUCCGCCGCGCGAGGAGGAGGGCUCUGUCCGGCCGCCUUCUGCUGCCCCCUCCUCCGUGCGAGGGGACCGGGGCGACCGGGGAGGGGCGGGGGAGGUGAUGAGCUUGGGCCGGGGGCUGCGGCGGCGGCGCGGCUGCUGCUGCUGCGGCGGCGGGAGGCGACGGCGGGGCAUUGGAGGGUCUGUCCGGCCGGCCCGGGGCCAAGGGGAUGCAGCGGAGGACGGGUCUGGGUGUAGCUGAUCGGAGAAGAGAGGCAGCCGCCGACCGGAGAGGCCGAGGAGCAGCGGAGGAGAGCCACCCUGACAUGCCUUUUCCUCUCCCUCCUCUCCAGCGGCCAUGUUAACCAGAAAGCCCUCAGCUAGCGCCGCCGCUGGUGCUGCCUACCCAGCCGGCAGGGCAGGGGACAGCGGUCGCCCGCUGCAGUCUUCCCCGGGCACCGGAGCCGGGGUCCCCCGGGCAGGAGCUGGGACCGGUCCGCCGUCACCUCUCGCAUUGCCGCCGCUCAGGGCCAGCAACGCCUCCCACACGGUUGGAGGCAGUAAGCACACAAUGAGUGAGCACCUCCAUGUUGGUAGCCAUGGACAAAUCCAGGUUCAGCAGCUGUUUGAAGAUAAUAGUAACAAGAGGACGGUUCUGACGACACAGCCAAAUGGACUUACAACGUUAGGCAAAUCUGGAUUGCCAGUGGUUCAGGACAGACAGUCAGAGAGUGCUCACAGACGACAAGGGAGCUCCAGCUCUUUAAAAUCUACAGAUGGAACAGGGAAGGUGAAAGCUUCUGUUAUGACACCAGAGCAGGCAAUGAAGCAAUACAUGCAAAAAUUAACAGCUUUUGAGCAUCAUGAGAUUUUUAGCUACCCUGAAAUAUACUUUUUGGGUCCAAACGCAAAGAAGAGGCAAGGUGUGAUUGGUGGUUCAAACAACUGUGGGUAUGAUGAUGACCAAGGGUCUUAUAUACAAGUACCCCAUGAUCAUAUUGCGUACAGGUAUGAAGUCCUGAAAGUUAUAGGAAAGGGAAGCUUUGGGCAAGUGGUGAAGGCCUACGAUCACAAGAUGCAUCAGCAUGUGGCACUAAAAAUGGUGAGAAAUGAAAAACGUUUCCACCGGCAAGCUGCGGAAGAAAUUAAGAUCCUGGAGCAUCUCCGGAAGCAAGAUAAGGAUAACAACAUGAAUGUUAUCCACAUGUUGGAAAACUUCACAUUCCGCAGCCAUAUCUGCAUGACAUUUGAAUUGCUGAGCAUGAACCUGUAUGAAUUGAUAAAGAAAAACAAGUUUCAGGGCUUUAGCCUACCUUUGGUCCGCAAGUUUGCCCACUCAAUUUUGCAGUGCUUGGAUGCUUUGCACAAAAACAGAAUCAUUCACUGUGACCUUAAACCUGAGAACAUUCUGUUGAAGCAACAGGGUAGAAGUGGUAUCAAAGUGAUUGAUUUUGGCUCAAGUUGUUAUGAGCAUCAGCGUGUCUACACUUACAUUCAGUCACGUUUUUACCGUGCACCUGAAGUCAUCCUUGGUGCCCGUUAUGGGAUGCCCAUAGAUAUGUGGAGCUUGGGUUGUAUUCUAGCAGAGCUUCUGACUGGUUAUCCACUUUUACCUGGAGAAGAUGAAGGAGACCAGCUGGCUUGUAUGAUUGAGCUAUUAGGCAUGCCUUCUCCAAAACUCUUAGAUUCAUCCAAGCGAGCCAAAAACUUUGUGAGUUCUAAGGGUUAUCCCCGCUAUUGCAGCAUCACAACCUUGUCUGAUGGCUCUGUAAUACUUAAUGGUGGACGCUCUCGAAGAGGAAAACUACGUGGCCCACCAGAGAGCAGAGAAUGGGGUAAUGCAUUAAAGGGAUGUGAUGAUCCCUUGUUCCUGGACUUCUUAAAACAGUGUUUAGAAUGGGAUCCUGCUAUUCGUAUGACACCCAGCCAGGCUUUGCGGCAUCCCUGGCUAAGGAGACGGUUGCCAAAACCUCCAACUGGGGAAAAGGCUUCAGCAAAGAGAAUUACAGAGAGCACUGGUGCUAUAACGUCGAUUUCCAAGUUACCUCCGACUUCAAGUUCAGCUUCAAAACUGAGGACUAAUUUGUCACAGAUGACAGAUGCCAAUGGGAAUAUUCAGCAAAGAACAGUGUUGCCAAAACUUGUUAGCUGAGGCUGAGAAACCCAAUGCUGUUAGUAUGAGAGAUAAGAUGUGGCUGAGCCUUAUUUGUAUGAAAAGGUAGCUCAGAUAUACAUUUUUAUUUGCUCAAUAACUUUAUUAAUUUGUAUCUUUCAGCACUCAUUUUAAAUGUAAGAAAUGUUGAUUUUGUUUUUAUAAAAACAUGGGGACAAUGCUUUAAGUUUUUAUACUUAUUUUUUAAGAUGUUUGUCUUCUACAGUACAACUAGCCUUACUGUAACUAGUGUGAUACAGUAAUAAACAUCAGUGGCAGGCCACUGGUUACAAGAUGACUGUCAUGCAUUGCAGCGUGGUGUCAAAGGUAUUAUCGUUUCUCUUCCAUGGUUCAUAUUAGGUUUCACCUGGGGAAAAUCUGUAAGGCUCUACUUUUUGGAUUUUAUGGGUAUGCGAACACUCACACUUAAGCCUGACUGGGCUCCAGGGAGAAUAUCAAAGAAGUAGUUAAGCACCUGUAAACUUGUAAUUUAAAGUGGAGCUGUAGCGUGUUACAUUGUCAUUUUCUAUAUGGUAGCCCAGAGAAAGUAGUGGUAUUACUAUGAUACAGUCACCUCCUAUGGAAUACUUUCUCUACUCAAAAGUAAUGGGUUUUGGUUAAAAUGAGUAUCUAAAUAUAAUGAAAAAAAAAAAUUUCCAGGACUAAAAUGACUGUCUCGCGCUAUGUGCUGUGUGGUAGAGCGAGAGGAACAGGCACUCUCGGAAAGCUUGAAGGUGGAAGUAUGUCUGUUCCUGUAAAUCUAAAAAGUAUGUAACAUUAAGCAUUCACACUGGGCUUCUCUUGGUUUGUAUUUUUUGUUUUCCUUUCCUGUUUUCUUUCCUGAUGUGCAGCUUGGCCUCCAGAAAUCACAUAGGCAGAAGUACUUGUUCUGUCAGUUUUAUACUGUAACUUCCAGACUGUUAUGCUACAUGGAUUUCACAAAUAGCUUUUAUUUCUUCUGACCAUAUUUGUUUGAGUGACUGACCUCUCUGGUACAUUUACACUUCAGAUCAAAUCUGCAUGCAGGGGCAAAGACUAUGUUACUACAUUGCUUUCUGUAAAGAAUGUCACUCUAGAGAGUGUAACUGUAGAUGGAACGAUCCUGAGUGGAAAGACUCAGUUGGCAGACAGCAUCCUAGAAAUUUUCUAGUACAGGAGAAUUCUCAAAGGAGUUAAAUGGUUGGAAUUUGAUUUAGUCUUUGGCAUUUGUAGCUGUAAAUCAGCUUUGGAGGGACAGUUGAAGAUAUGUGUAGAUUUGUGUUCUAAUGCUUGGUUUUUCUUUUUUUAAGCAUACAUGGAAGAAAGAUGGUCUUUACUGAGGAAUAAUAUGUAAACCUAUGAGAGAAAUACUCGUCGUAGCAUGUUUUCAACAGGAACAGUUUGAAAUGCAGGUUCAGUUUUCAUCACAAACAAUGGCAGUGGUCUACAUUGGAUGUAUAAAACAUGAACAAGGAAUUUUAAAUCUGGAAGGGUUUAUGGACAUUAGAGCAAAACAUUCUAGAAUGGAUUUCAUUAAACCUCAAUAAAUUUACUAUAAGCAACAUUUAUAUGCACAGAUUUUACUGAGUUACGUGUACAAAUGAUGAAAAAUACUUAAAGCAUGGUCCCCUGAGAGGCCAAGAAAGUUUCCGGAUAAGUUCUCCUUCAUGUUCAUUAAUUUACCACUUACAGCUUAGUUUUGUUUGUUUGUUUGUUUGUUUGGUUUGGUUUUAAUUCAAUGUAAGACUGGGGGAGGGAUAAAAAUACAAAAUGACAGAAUUCUCAGGAAACAUAUCGCUUCACUUCUUGCCAAAAAGUCAACACCUAAAGAAGCUCCAAAAAUAAUUUCUAAGUAGAGAAUGGAAUUUGUUGAUUGAUAACUUGUGAAAAUUACAGCAUCAGUCGACUGUUUCUUUUUUGUUUUCUUUUCUAAAUAAGAUUGUUUCCUGCCUCUAGUCAAAUUAAAUUAUUUAGUGUUAAAUGUUCACAACUUUAUACAAUGUGUGUAAGUGCAAUAUGUAAACAUGUAUGAAAUCAUGUUAAAAAUGAAAUAUAGUAAUACAGCUAAGAAAAGUGGCUUUUGGAAUAUGAAUAUCUGGUAAGUUACGGUCAGUAAGUUCUAAGUCUGGAAAAGAGAUAUAUUAGUUUUCAUAUAAAAUUAACUGCUUUCAUGACUGUGGGAAUACAAUAGUGUGUAUUUUUCUACAGUAACUGGGAAUCUUUACUUCCUCCACCACCCACUUGGCUUUACCACUCCUUUCUACCUUAACCCUUCCUGCAAAAGUUAAGAAAUAGGGAAAUAGGGAUGCAUAUGUUUGGGGCGGAAAGAUAGUCUCCUCCCUUGAUAUAUUAUAAAGGGGCAUUGAUACAUGUUCCUGCCUUUCCUGGCAUUUUAAGGUGAAAACAUGCUUAAUGUUCAUGGGUCAUUAAUGGGCUAAAACCACUAAAUAUUCUUUUUCAUGUAACCAGUUCUUAAUGCCAAUAAUGCAUUUAUGAUCCAACUUCUUCAUAAAUGCUACCGGAAACUUUAAGGCCAAAAUAUAGUGUGCAGAGCUAUUUUUUUAACCCAGAUGCAGUGGAACGUCCUGUAUACUAAAGGAGCAGCUACAUCAGGGGUUUUAAGUGAUGUAGCUGCUUUUUAUUGUAGCUUAUUUAUACCUGUAAAAAAGGAGGGAGGGGGGAAAGGAUGUUGCCUCUUGCUUUGAUGUGAUUUUAUUCUAAGGGCUCUGAUAUUUAGGCUGAUAGAAGUUGGCUUGGAAGCAGUGCUUAGUCUCACAUGUUACCAUUGUCCAGGGAUGUCUGAGCUAUUUUCAGAUGUAGUAACAGCACAGUGUUUCUUCGGUUGCAGUCUCACUUGGCUCAGUUUCUUGCACCACUGGAGUGUUCAUUACCACUGAAGUGUAUUGGAACAACAGCGUGAUGCAAGAUGUGUAGAUCAACAGUAGAGGAUGGAUUGUGCCCUUGGUGUUAACAAUGUGCCUUUUGUUACAAAUGCCGGUAGUAGGGCAUGCAUCUUGGCCUCUUUAACCCCCAGAAUACUGGAUAGUAAGGGUGAAAUCUUUUUAAAUGCUGUACCUGUCUUAGAAUAUCCUGUAGGUGAUUAAGGCCUUAAUAGAAACAAUAAGGCAAUCACACUGGUAAGGGUGGAGAGGGCACGCUGAUCUUGGAGUACUUUCCGUAAAGGGGUUAAAGAUGGCCCUUUCUCAUUGGUUGUACUUUAACAUCAAAUUGAUUUUUCUUUUCUUUAAUAAAUUUUUGUUAUGGUGACACUAGACAGUAAUUAACUGUAUUUGUAAAAUUUACCUCAAACUCUUUGGUUUUAUAGUGUGAUUUAAUCCCAGGGCAUUUGGUAUGAACCAAAGUGCAUUCCUUUUAUAUGUGCCUGGCUCUUAUAAAGGUGGCCAGGGAUUUUUACAAUUUGGGUGCAAGGCACUUAAGCCACUUUUAACUCGGUGGGUGGUUUGGAGUUAUAAAUGACUUCAUGGGAAUGUUGAGAACACUUUAGACAUAAGUAGCAUUGGGCAAUAUUAGAAUCUUUAGGAAAGGGUGUGCAUUAUUUAAUGCUCUCCAUUUUUUUAGUAUUUUUUUCCAUCAAUAAUGUUUGUGAUAACUACAAAAAGAACUUUUUCUUUCCCAGUCAGCAAAGAUUAGAAUAUUGCCCAGUUUAAUGCUAUGGUAGCAUUUCAAUAAAAUAACAUUUGUGAAUUCUUGUUUCUAGGGGCUUGUACAUCUCUGCUACAAAUUGUGAUUACUCAGUUCAACUGCUACAAUUACGUCUAAGCAGUAGCUUGGGUUUUUAUUGGGCAACGACUUAGACACGUGACUGUAAUAUGCUGCAACUGUGUGUACUGAAAACGUGAAAAACGAUUGAAUGUGGACUGUGUAUAUAUUUAUGUAUAAUUUUCUGUGAGAUGCUGCUGUUGCCACUUCACAUUAAAGAUGUUGUAGUGGGUUUUAAUCCUAGUGGCCAGUUCUAUGAUACUGUAUGUAUUGUACAGCUGAUGACAGGAGUUAAGACUGUUCUAGUGAAUAUUUGUUACAUUUUAUUGUUGUGGCCAGAGAUCAUUUCAGAAUAAAAUUUUAUGUCCUACUUUA